AUGGAAGUAGAUUCAGAAAUACACGCUAGGCGUGAAAGACGACAAGAAUUGAAAAUUGCUAACUUAACGGCAUGGAGACAAGGAAAACCCGCUGAAUAUCAACAACAAUUAUUGAAAGAUGUUAAGACCUUGACUUUAGAAAAAUAUAUAUCCGAAGUUGUUGUCGCU